UCUCGCUUCCCGAGACAGUUUUCGUUUUCAACCCAACCCCCCCUGCUUAUCGGAACGACGUCGUCGCGAUCCCCGAUCCGAUCUUAUCCGGUGAGAAAGUGAGUAUUUGGAGAUGGCAGAUAAUGAGGAGGGAGAGGAGAGUACUGGUCGUGGGAAUGGAUGGGAAGUUGUAUCGCUUACUGCAUCAGCAUAUGCUGCUGCUCCGGGUCCGCAGGAAGUGGAUCUGAGGAAUGAUGAUGAUAGUGGAGGUUAUGGAGAGCUAGCUGAGACUUCUCAUGCUUUGUUCAUGUCUGGUCACUUUGUAUUUCCACCCAAUCAGCAUGAGAAUUUGCCUCUGGAGCUUGAGAGCAGUGAAGUUGAUGAAGAAAAGGUGCAGAAGGAAAUAGUAGAUGAGAUCAGUAUUGAGGAAGGGGGUAGGUCUAGGGGAAAGGAGGAAGAAAAUUUGAGCUUGAAAGGGUUGGAUGUUUCGGAUGAGUUUGCAGGAAUUCAGUUUUUAAAUGAGAAGGACACUAGACUGCCCAUUGGGAGUAAAGAGUUUGGAGAAGGCACUGGCUUGGAAGGGUUGAAUUUUGAUGAUGACGAGCAGGAUGUUUAUGGCGACAGCGUUCUUCGUGGUUCUUCCACAUACGGCGAGAACACAGAUAUCUGUGGAAUCACAGAAUCUUUAGAGGAAGAUUUGGAUCUCUCUGGGGACAUCUCUCAAUCCCCAAGGCCGAAAGAUGAGAAGUUUGGUGGUUCUGACCUCCCAUGUGGAGCUUGGUGGAAACGAAGAGCAUCUUCCCUGUAUUCUCAUGCAAAGGAAGCAAAUGCAUACUGGUCUAUUUUUGUAGCAGCAGCUGUUAUGGGCCUUGUGAUGCUUGGGCAACGGUGGCAUAACGAAAGUUGGCAGGUACUACAACAGAAGUGGCUAUCCAGUGUUGAUCAGAAAGCAGGAAGGAUUUUAGGUCCAAUAUCUCGACUUAAAGAUGUAAUAGUUGGCGGCCAGCGCCGUGGAUCCUUUGUUGGAGGUGCCUCAAGUGAACUUUAAGAUGAUGACGAAAAAUACCAGAGUUGGUUGCUACCAAUUGGUGUGGAUCUAUAGCCUAUAGGUACUGCGUCAAAUAUAUAAUUCUUAUGGAAAGCAACUUUGUCUACAUGCUAGUGGUUAGAUACUGCUGUCAUUGCUUAUUGCCUUGUACAGAAUUCAGGAAUUUAAACUUCAUAUUACUUGUUUGUUACUGGUUAAAAGUUGUGUUUGAUGAUCACUAUCUAUUUUUUUAUUAGAAUUUAAUGUUGUGGAAUUUUCUAAAAUUUGUAAAUGGGGUCAAGAUUAUAAUU